AUGGAAGACUUCAGAGGGAGGUUUAAACUGUGCUGUCAAAGUACUUUCCCGUGUUUUAGAGACCCGGCGAACAGCACCUCAUCUAGCACCAAGAAACGACAUGAAGUGCAAACUAAUGAAUUUACAAAGCCGCCAAACAGGGAGAAACCCGGCAAACCCGGCUACGUUUACAUUGCGCUGUACGACUACACGGCGCGCACGGAGCAUGAUUUGGCAGGGGAUACUGAACCAUGGUAUUUUCCAGAAACAAAGCGCUCGGAGGCCGAGAAGAUGUUGAUGUCUCAAGAGAACAAGAAUGGAGCUUUUCUAAUCAGGAACUGUGAAAGCCAGGCAGGAGAGCUCUCACUCUCAGUGCUGGACAACGGAAAAGUGAAGCAUUAUAAGAUCAGAAGGCAAGAUAAUGGUGGCUACUUCGUGUCAAGGAUUCGUAGUUUUUUCACAUUGAAAGAACUAGUGGAGAACUACAGAAAUGAGGAUGGCCUCUGUGUUCGUUUGGCAGGACCCUGCAAAAAAACAAUGGCUCCAGAGACACAUGGUCUAUCUUACAACACUGUGGAUCAGUGGGAGAUCUCACGUUCCUCUCUAAAACUCUUGAAGAAGUUGGGAGCAGGGCAGUUUGGCCAGGUCUAUGAAGGCAUAUGGAAUGACAGCACAGCCGUCGCUGUCAAAACACUCAAACCAGGAACUAUGGAUCCAAAAGACUUCCUGCGAGAAGCUCAGAUCAUGAAGAAACUCCGUCAUGCCAAACUGAUCCAGCUCUAUGCUGUCUGCACUACGGAAGAGCCCAUCUACAUCGUCACAGAGCUCAUGAGCCACGGGAGCCUUCUAGAAUAUCUGCAAAAAGACAGAGGUGCUUCUCUUCAAUUGUCUGAUCAGAUAGAAAUGGGAUCCCAAGUGGCAUCUGGCAUGGCAUUCCUUGAGCUACAGAACUACAUUCACAGAGAUCUUGCGGCACGAAAUGUUCUGGUGGGAGAUAACAAUGUGUGUAAGGUGGCCGACUUUGGCUUGGCACGUGUAUUUCAGAUGGAAAAUGAGAAUGUUUAUGAGGCCAAAGAAGGAACCAAGUUUCCAGUGAAAUGGACUGCUCCCGAGGCCAUCCACGAGAACAAAUUCACCAUCAAAUCUGACGUUUGGUCUUUUGGGAUCCUACUAUAUGAAAUUGUGACAUUUGGACAGAUUCCUUACCCAACCAUGACAAACUUUCAGGUGGUACAACAGUUGUCCAAAGGCUACAGGAUGCCAUGCCCUCUUAACUGCCCAAAAUAUUUGUAUGACAUCAUGUCCGUAUGCUGGAAGGACUCCCCUGCAGACAGACCCACCUUUGAAGCUCUGCAGUGGAAACUCGAGGACUUCUUUGAUGUAGAUCUCAGCUCUUACGUUGACGCAAACCGCUACUAAAAGACACUGCUGCUUACAAAUUUGAUGUAACUGCAAAUGAGCCAAGUGCAGGGAUUUGAUGAGCAAACCUGAGAUGCUAUUUUAGUAUCAAAUGAACCAAACGCCUUUAUGUAUUCUUAAUGAACACAUAUAAUAUGCUUAAUGCACUCAUCAAGAGUUUCCCUAUGUACAAACUGCAUUAGUUAAAGCUGAAGCGUGUAGUCAUUUGGAUGUUAAAAUGCUUUCCCCCAUCCCGGGUUAAUGUGCGGAGACAACUGGUAACCUGUUUCCCUGGAAAGUGCUUUCAACACUGUCCAUUCUGUCGUCCAGUGACAAACUGGAGAAUGGGUGGAAUUGGAAACCAGUUUGCACAGUCAUAAUUUAUGCAGUCCUGUUAAUGCUAUUGACGCUGAUUUUGCACAAUUCACAACACAAUUCAGCUUUGAAUCAAAAAUAUAUUCUGAGCCUUCUUGAUUAUUUCCUUUUUGCAUUCUUCCAUUCAUUCUGUGGAGGCAUACCUCAAUCUAUAUUUGCCGCCGUGUGCAUACUGUAUGCCAUCAUAUUGGUGGUUUAUUGUCACUUGACUUGCACUCAUGCUGGCGCCAUGAAACCGAAACUAUUUAGGAAUAAAUAUAAAUGGCCUGGGCGACAAACAUGUAUGGAAACCGGUAGCAGUGUAGCCGGGUUAACCUGUUUUAUGUUGAAUGAGUCACUGCAUGUCAGACUAGCAGUAUUACUUGUUCUAAGAGAGGAAUGCUCAGAAUCCAUUACAUACAUUUGCUCAUAGCAUUAAGCAGAACGCGCACAUUGAGACUAGAUUCUCAAAAGAGCCUUAGUGAAAACUGUAAUAAUUAGAAAUAUUGUACAGUCACAGUGAUUUUUAAAAACAUUUUGGGUUUAAACAGAGCUUCUUUGAGGAUAAUUUACAAACAGUGAUUCUUUUUUUCACUCUCUUGUAAGAAGAUAAAAAUAUAC